CAGUCACGCACGGACACGCACAUAGAGCGCGCGGGAUGCGUGCGAUCUGACAAACAGCGGCUUGUUACAACAGAAAAUCAGCAUCAUGACCAGGUCUGUGCGGGAGGAGCAGGCGUCAGUGGAGUCGGAGGAGCAGCAGGAGCUUCACAGCCCCAUAGAAGGAGGAGGAGUAGAGGAAGAGGAGGAGGACAGCCUCCGCCGUAUGGAGGAGGAAGAAGAGGAGGAUGAGGAGGAGGAGGAAGAGGAGGAUGGAGAGAACAAACCCAAGAGGCGAGGGCCAAAGAAGAAGAAGAUGACGAAGGCUCGUUUGCAGAGGUUUAAGGUCCGUCGGAUGAAAGCUAACGCCCGCGAGAGGAACCGCAUGCAUGGGCUAAACGACGCUCUGGAGAGUCUGCGGAAAGUCGUCCCUUGUUACUCCAAAACCCAGAAACUGUCAAAGAUCGAGACACUCCGCCUCGCCAAGAACUACAUCUGGGCCCUGAGCGAGGUCCUGCGCUCCGGGAAGGCACCCGACCUCAUGAGCUUCGUUCAGGCGCUCUGCAAAGGUCUGUCUCAGCCGACCACUAACCUGGUGGCGGGCUGCCUGCAGCUCAAUCCUCGGACCUUCCUGCCGGAGCAGACGCCCGACCUGCCGGUUCACCUUCCCCCCGCGGGCGCUGCCACCUAUCCUGGACACUACUCCUACCAGAGCCCCGGGCUGACGGCCGGCCUGCCCAGCCCGCCAUACGGCAACAUGGAGCCCUCCCACAUCUUCCACCAGGUCAAAGGUCAACCCUACGGCCCGCUGGAGCCCUUCUUUGAUGGCGUCCUGGUGUCAGACGGUCCAGCGUUUGAUCCGCCCCUCAGCCCGCCACUCAGCAUCAACGGGAACUUCUCGUCCUUCAAGCACGAGUCCGUCGCAGCUGCAGAGUACGACAAAAGUUUCUCCUUCAGCGUUCACUACGGAGGAGGAGGAGCUGGGGGACAUCCUGCCAUCUAUGGCGGCGGGGGGUCCAACCCACGGUGCGGGGAGAUGCAGGUGGACGGGCUGAUGGGUUUUGACGGACACACACACCAUGAGCGGAUGAUGAACGCCCAGCUGAACGCCAUCUUUCACGAAUCCUGAGGAAGAGGAGGACGAAGGACUGAGAGACUGCUGAAGACAGAGAGACGAACAGAGAGACAGUUAAAUGGAGGGUCAGACUGUAUUUGUCAUUUCAUCGCUGUCUUUCCUUCUUUCUCUUCUUCUGUCUGUCUGCGCCAGGCUCUACGACUCCUCCUCAUCACGAGGGCGGUGACGUCGAUGACAAUGUCACGUUGAUGAUGUAACCUUCUUUGUAGCGCUUCAUCCUGCAGGAGACGCUCUCUGAAUGUCUCGUUAUUAUCCAUUUUAUCACUAAAAAAUAAUCAAUAAUCAAUGAGCAAUAAUCUGGAGGAAACUAUGCAAUUUUGUUAAAAACUGAGCAACGCUCAGCUGAUAAUUCCAAAUGUUAAAAGAAUAAAGAUUUCUCUAUUUUUGGGUCAGUGUGUGAGGCGGCGUCGAGCCGUCAUCGGGCCGGUUUUGGGCCGGCGUUGGGCCGAAGUGUUCAUGUUGUUUAUGUGGUUUUUACUUUUUGCUUUUUAUAACGUUCCUGUAGCGUUCUGUUAACAUUUCAUGUGACUCUUGUUCA